AUAAAGGCUUCUCUUCUGCAACAAGAAUCUUUUUCUUUUUCUUUUCCAUGGCUUUCUCUUCUUUAGACCUCUAAAAGAAGAAGCCUAUGAAAUUAACAGACAUAAUUAUAUAUACAAUUAUUUAACUAUUAAGUGUUUGCUUUUGUUCUUGAGAGAAAAAGAUAAAAGGAGUGAGUGGUCCAUUUGUUUUUAUUUCCAGGUCAAUUAUUUGUGAUUUAUUGACUAUAACAAGUUUCUUUGAACCCGUGUCUCUAAAUUGUCUUUGCCUAUACAAGGAAACUGUUAUGUGUCAGUAGUGCCUGGAUGCUACUAGUUGAUAUGUUUCUUAAUGUACGGUUGUCGAGGUUUCUUUGUUUUGCUGAAGCAGAUGGAGGUAAUGUGAUGUAACAUUUGGGGUUCUCUCUUCUUCUGCUUUUCUUUGUGGAGUUGAAAUUAGUUCCUUUAUUGCGUUUUGACUAUAGUAAAAGUGUAAAAUGCAAGUAAACAUGCAAAAUCUGAAGUGGGUUUUGAAGCAUUUUUGAAGAUUUUGUCUUCUUUUGCGGAGGGUUGCUUUGUGGCUGGAGAAGAAGCAUCGGUGGGUAUAUCUUUAUUUGGAAGUCAUAAUCAUCCAUUAGGAAGUUCUGAUUGAAUUUUGUUACAAGACUAGAACAAAAACUUGUGGGUUUGGAUUUUCUGUCUUAUAUUCUUGUUGAUUUUGAGAGGAAAAGAAUAAGCAGUCUUUCAAGACCACUUGCCGGUUUCAUUCGAUUAUGAGCUCAAAAGUGAAGCUGACUUUCCUACCCACUCGAUAGAGUCCUAUGCUUUGCAGUUGUACUGGUUCUGCUACUUAUGUACAUAAAAUCAAUGGCGAAGGCGUUCCAGUAUCCUUCAGUCCUAGUUUUCAUCAUCUUCUUCUUCUUAAUCAGUUGUUCGGAGCAACUACAAACCUCUCAGGGUGGGACCCUUCUAAGAAUUCAGCGGCUUUUAUACUACCCACAUAUUCUAAAUGGUUGGAAUAGCACCACUGAUUUCUGCAAUACAGAUCCAAAUUUAUCUGUAACUGUGGUUUGCUAUGAGGAAAGCAUAACACAGCUGCACAUCAUUGGCAACAGAGGAACUCCUAUGUUGCCUAGGAACUUUUCAAUUGAUUCAUUUGUGACAACACUUGUCGGUCUUCCAGACUUGAAAGUCCUAACGUUGGCUUCUCUAGGUUUAUGGGGUCCAUUUCCUGGUAAAAUUGCCCGUUUGUCAUCACUAGAGAUAAUGAAUGUGAGUUCAAAUUUCUUCUAUGAUUCCAUCCCUGAAGAUCUUUCAUCACUAUCUAACCUCCAAACGCUCAUACUUGAUGACAAUAUGUUUUCUGGUGAGUUGCCACAUUGGCUGGGUUCAUUUCCAGUUCUGGCUGUUUUGAGUUUGAGGAAAAAUAUGUUCAAUGGAUCCUUGCCAAAUUCAUUUAGUAAUUUGGAGAAUCUUAGAGUUCUUGCACUCUCACAAAACUACUUGUAUGGAGAAGUGCCUGAUCUUAGCAGUUUGACAAACCUUCAGGUGCUUGACUUGGAUGAUAAUGCUUUUGGACCACAGUUUCCUCAGCUUGGAAACAAGUUGGUUACUCUUGUACUGAGCAGGAACAAGUUCAGAGAUGGUCUUCCGGCUGAGAUAAGCUCUUAUUAUCAACUUCAACAGCUAGAUCUUUCAAAAAAUAAAUUUGUAGGGCCAUUUCCAUCAUCCUUGCUAUCAUUGCCUUCCAUAACUUAUUUGAACAUUGCAGACAAUAAGUUCACCGGAAUGCUUUUUGAAAAUCAAUCUUGUAAUUCUAACCUUGAAUUUGUGGAUUUGUCCUCAAAUCUUAUAACUGGAAACUUGCCCAACUGCCUUCAUUCAGUUUCUAAGGAAAAGGUCUUCUAUUCUGGGAACUGUCUAGCAACUAGGGAUCAAAAUCAACAUCCACUUUCUUUUUGUCGCAAUGAAGCAUUAGCAGUAGGAAUUUUGCCUCAGAGGAAGAAAAGGACACAAGGUUCUAAAAUUAUUGCAUUGAGUGUGAUUGGGGGAGUUAUUGGAGGGAUUGCUCUUGUUGGCUUGAUUUUCUUGGUUGUUAGAAAGCUAAAUGCCAGAAAGACAAUCAAGAGACCUUCAACAAGACUAAUUUCAGAGAAUGCAUCAGCUGGAUACCCCUCAAAAAUGCUCUCAGAUGCAAGGUAUAUAUCUCAAACAAUGAAGCUGGGUACACUUGGCAUUCCAGCUUACCGUACCUUUUCAUUGGAGGAGCUUGAGGAAGCUACAAACAACUUUGACACAUCUGCUUUCAUGGGCGAAGGUUCUCAAGGCCAGAUGUAUAGGGGUCGACUUAAGAAUGGUUGCUCUGUUGCUAUUAGAUGCAUAAAAAUGAAAAGAAGCUACAGCACCCAAAACUUUAUGCACAACAUAGAGCUGAUUUCAAAACUUAGACAUCGACAUUUGGUCAGCGCUCUAGGACACUGCUUUGAAUGCUACUUGGAUGAUUCAAGUGUCAGCAGAAUAUUUCUUGUGUUUGAAUAUGUACCAAAUGGCACACUAAGGGGCUGGAUCUCAAAGGGACGAGCCAGACAAAAACUUAAUUGGGCUCAACGAAUAGCUGCUGCAAUAGGAGUAGCAAAGGGAAUCCAAUUUUUGCAUACAGGGAUAGUCCCGGGCGUAUAUUGUAAUAAUCUGAAGAUAACUGAUGUUUUGCUGGAUCAGAACCUUGUUGCAAAAAUUAGUAGCUAUAAUCUGCCCUUGUUAGCAGAAAACACAGGAAAGGUUGUCCAUGGAGUUUCUUCUAGUGUAUCCAAAGAUCGUAGUGCUGGUGCAAGGACAAAUCAAGAAGAGAAGAUGGAUGUAUAUGAUUUUGGAGUAAUAUUACUUGAAAGCAUCGUGGGGAGGCCACUGAACUCAGGGAAUGAAGUGGAUAUUCUAAAAGAACAGUUACAAGUGAGCAUCACUAGUGAUGAUGUUGCUCGAAGGAGCAUGGUUGAUCCAGAUAUUGGCAAGGGCUGUUCGGAUCAAUCAUUGAAGACGAUGGUAGAGGUUUGUAUAAGGUGCCUACUUAAGAACCCAGAAGAUAGACCCUCAAUCGAGGAUGUGCUGUGGAACUUGCAGUUUGCUGCACAAGUUCAGGACGGAUGGCGGGGAGACUCCAGCGAAGGAUCUCCAAUCUCACCUUCGCAUCCUGCAGGGCUACAGCUCACCCUUCAGUCGCAGUAAUAUGGAGGGAAAUGAUAAUAAAGGGGAAGAGGAAGCAAGACUAGUGAAAAUGACAACUUUUAUACAGCUUUUCGACUAGGCAGCCUAUACAUUCUUCUUAGAUUGGGCAGAGGGAAGCAUCAAUAAAACGGUUUCCCUGCCCUCUUCUUCUCUCUUUACCUUAGUGACAACCAAGGUAGUAAUUAUCUUGACAGGCAAAUCUUUUAUGUAUACCAAUUUUCCAAGGAAAGAAAAUGGCAAGUUGUCCUCCAAAUACCUAUGAUAAUUAGGUUGCACGUCAUGUAUCUGAAAGUUGUUUAUAUUUAAGCCAAAGUGUUCCAAUAGCUCUCAUAACUCAAAUUAGCGCUACAAGGAAUCCGAUGGUGCUUUCUAUUUUAUUUUAUCUUCAGUAGAGAAUGAGAAAGAGAAUCUUGUUAUCACUGUAA